AUGGCACCAAACACGGAAGCCAAGGAAAUUGCCAGAACACAGGGUCCCCGAGAGCCCCGCAGCGGGGUGGGGAGCAGGGGAGCCAGGCCCGGAGAGAGGCGGCCAGGUGUCCGCUCCUGGGACGUGGAGCCCGGCGUCUGCAGCCUGGACGAGCAGCUCAAGGUCUUCGUGUCCCGACACUCGGCCACCUUCUCCAGCCUCGUGAAAGGCCAGCGGAGCCUGCACCACCGCGGAGAGACUUUGGAGACGCUGGUCCUCCUAAACCCAUCGGACCGGUCCCUGUGCGAUGAGCUCCGGAACCUCCUGCUGGACCCGGCUCCUCACAAGCUGCUGGUGCUGGCCGGACCCUGCCUGGAGGACACCGGGGACCUGCUGCUCCAGACGGGGGGCUUUUCCCCCCAUCACUUUCUCCAGGUCCUGGGGGACAAAGAGGUCCUGGACGCCCUGGCGGCCUCCCCCACGACCUCCCUGACCAUUACCUGCCCCACCUUCGGGGACUGGGCACAGCUGUCGCCGGAGCUGCCGGGUCUGCGGCUCCGGCUGAACCCGCCGGCGCGCCUGCCGGCGUCCGAGGGCCUGCGCGAGUUCCUGGAGUACCUGGCCGAGUCCCUGGAGCCGCCGUCCCCCUUCGACCUGCUGGAGCCCCCGUCCUUCGGGGGCUUCCUGCGGCUCACGGCGCCCUGCUGCUACGUCUUCCCCGGAGGGCUCGGGGACGCCGCCUUCUUCGCCGUCAACGGCUUCACCGUGCUGGUCAACGGCGGCUCGAACCCCAAGUCCAGCUUCUGGAAGCUGGUGAGGCACCUGGACCGAGUGGACGCCGUGCUGGUGACGCACGCGGGCGCCGACAGCCUCCCGGGGCUCAACAGCCUGCUGCGGCGCAAGGUGGCGGAGCGCGGGGAGGCGGCGGUACACGCAGGUCUGUGCAGACUUCGUGUGUCUCCGUGUGGUCUUAGCGUCCUGGCCCUGCGCCCUCUGCUUCUCCGGCCGAGGGUGCUGGCGCCGGAGCCAGGCCUCCAGCCUGGCGUUACCGGCUGGCUGGGCCAGCGUCGGUUCACUCGUGGGCUGUGGGCUCGAGGCGACACGGCCCGCCUCCGGCUGUCGGUGACCCUGAUCCCCACCUUCGACUCCGCCACCAUGCACCGGUGGUACGAGGAGACGCACGUCCGGCACCAGGCUCUGGGCGUCACGGUGCUGGGCAGCAACAGCAUGGUGUCUAUGCAGGACGAGGCCUUCCCCGCCUGCAAGGUGGAGUUCUAG